AAUUCGAAAGCUUUUUGACGAUUGAUCUGUGCGACAAACUUUUAACAUUGCUCAACUGAACAAAGGAUAAGUUAACCGCAAACGUUGGAUGUAAUAUGAAUCUUUCUACAACAAAAAUUAUAUUUUCUUGGUGGAUACAAGGAAGGGGAUACGCUUCAAGAUACACUUCGUUAGAUCGUUCCAUAAUUCAUCCUUAAUUUCCUUCGUUCAAAGAAUAACGAAGAGGAAUAACAGAAACAGGAGGAGGGAGACGUUACAAAACUUGGCGGCACGAUACAAAAAAAAGACGAGAAACGCCGGAUCUUCAAGCAAUCAGGGAAUCAAGGUACACAAAAUCGACGAGGAAGAAGAAGAGAAGUAGUAGUAGUUACAUCGAAAUGGAACAAACAAUAACUUCUAGAAAAAUUUAUUUCGAAUAAUAAUCGGAGGAGCGCGGGUAAACGAUGCACCACAUCGUUUCUGGAACAACAUUCCCCUGUAUACGACCGUGUUCCAGACUGUUUGUACAAUUGUACAACCUGGCUGGUGUAUAUAAUCGACGUAUCGCCACGAGGAACGGGUAAUAGUAUUCGAGGUUCUCGAGGAAGAGGCGAGAUGAGGACGCUCGUGAUCCUUUUAUCCUCGUUCCUUUUCCAUUGGGAGGCCGUCUCGCGCGGGAUUCCGAGCGAAACCCCCCGGCAGGGAGGAGAGGGGGAGGAGAGGUUGGGUAUAGCCGGGGAGGAAAGGAUCUUGGACGAGGUUGGGGGAGGGGGGACUUCUUUGGUGGACGACGGACGACAGAAAUCACGCCCGACCAGGGAUGGAUUAACCCGGCGGGAAAUAGGAUCAGUGGAGGAGGCUUGGAGCGGAACUGAUUGGGGUGGGUCGCAUCUUCCUCGCUUCGCGGAGGAUAGACAGGAAUUGGAUAGAAAAGAGAGAAAUCUGUCGCCUCUAAUCUCUUUACUGGAAUCAAAUCUGAAAGAAACGGAGUUAAAAAAACAUCGAGAUCGGAGGUCAUUGAUCUCGGAUACUCACGGCGAUGAGGAGAUUCGAAAGAUUCUCAUGAACGCGAGGGAAAAAUUGAGCGACUUGAAAUCGAGGAACACGAUCGACGACGAUUGGAUCUUUUUCGUGUUGCCGUCCAGAUCGGGAACGCUGACGGAAUCGUUAUUCAGGCCGGCAGGCAAUGGUUUCAAAAUUGGGGCGCAAAGUUGGCGACAGAAUGAGAAAUGGUUGGACGACAAGGAGUUUUUAAACGCGAAUAAAUUCGAUUACAACGAGCGGAAUCUUAAAAAAUACGAAGAAUCGCCGCUCUCGGAUUGGAAUAUCGACGGGAGAAAUAAAUAUUCCGGCGAGCCGGCGGAAAUUUCUUGGACCGGUGAGGGGAGAUCCGACGAGAAGAAUGGCGGAACAAAUUUUGCAUUGACAAAAGGGGGGAGGAAUCGGUCGAACAAGCAACGGUUGAUCAAAAAUGAUGCGCACAGGAAUGGAGAUGAGGAUUAUCGUGGCAUAAAAGUCAACGUUGAUGUAAAAAAUGGGGAAACAUAUGGCGAUAUUUCAAUCGAUAAUACAAUGGGCAACGUGGUGGGGAGUGAUAAACUGUCGGCUGCAGAAAUAUCUGUGAAAAUACCCGAAGCGCGAUACAAUAAAGCGAUCCGAAAUAAGCGACCUUCGAGCGAUAAUAAAUCGCGUUUCGUUUCGGAUCCGUUUGUUUUUCUGACGGAAUUCGAAGGUGGAACAAGACGCGAGGAGAAGAAUAAAGGAUCGACGCCCCGCGAGUCAAACGUGAUAAAGGUGCAUCAAAGUCCGCCUGGCGGGAAGUUAAUCGAGAAGAAAGUGGAGGAAAAGCCUUAUCGGGACUCGAAGUAUAGUUUCCCGAUUAUUGUUGGGAAACAUCUGGAUGCCAAAUUCUCCAACGAUGAAUCACGUACGAAUAAAAAUGGCGGGGAACGCGCGAGAAUGGACGACGAGUUGUCAUGGAUCGAGAAGGAAGAAGCGAAGUUGAAGCAGGGGGAGAAAAAUUCUGGGGAAUUACAAGUGUUGCAAUUGUUGAAGGAAUUGUCGAAUAUAAGGGAACAGAUAGAGAGGAAUCAGAAUCUGUACGGGGGAAAUGAAAGGAAUCACGGUUCGAGUCCCUCGCGUGUCGAGAGAAUAGACGCGAGGAAUGGUAUCCGGGUGGAAUAUGAUAAACAGAAGAGCGCAGCUGAAACAUCAAUUCCUCUAGACGUGAACAAACGUGGCGGUGUGAAACAUGGGGAGCGUGUCGAAGAGAAAUCGACGUCCAAAAUCGACGAAAACGUAGAUGGUGAGCGGAAAAAAGAGAAGAAAGGUGUGCAUCGUGAUGAGUUGCAAAAAGAAACGGUGAAAAAACGUGACGAUUAUGAUUCUGAUGAAAAUGUCAAAUGGACAUCUUUGAAGGGAAAACAAAAAGUCAUAGAUGAUGUAAAUAAGGAUAAAGAUAAAUUAGAAAAGAAGACGUUUGAAAAAGGAAAUUCAGAAGUAAGGAAAUCGCAGCAGAUUGGUAUAAAUAAUAAGACAAAUUUGAGCAAAAUUAAAUUUAAUGUGGAAAAUUUAGAGGAAAAAGAUAAUCACGAAAGAAAGAAACAGGAUUCUAAAAUAGAAAAUGAAAAUUUUCAAGAAAAAUUGAAAGAGAAGUUUGAUACAGAAAAUUUGAAAAAAAUAAUUUUUGGAGUGAAAAUUCCAAAAAUUAAGGGAAUUGAAGAUUCUAAUAUCAAUAGUGAGGAUUUUAGAUUAGAGAAUUUGAAUUGGAUAGAAUAUAAAGGAGAAAAUUUGGAUACAGAGGAUAACGAAGGAAAUUUGAGAAAAGAAAAUGAAAUUAGAAAGAAUAUUGAUAACAAUAUAAAUGGACAAAAAUAUGGAUCAAAUAAUUUAAAGGAAGGAAAGAGAAAGAAAUUUAAGAUACAGGAACAGAGAGGACAAAAUAUUCUAGUCGAUACUAAAAAGGAAUACAAAUCAGAUGAUAUAAAAGAUGAAAAGAUUAGUGCAAAGAAAGAGGAGAGAGAGAAAUAUGAUAAUACAAAAGUUAAAGAAACAGGAAUUGGAAUUAAAACUCCACAGGAUGAGAAACUUAAUACAGAACCUUUGAAAAACAAAGGACUUGAAAUCAAUAUUCCAAAAAUUGAAGUGAAUGAUGUUAAGAAAGAUGAUAACACACUUCUAUUAGACAAACCAAAAUGGGCAGAUAUUAACGCGGACAAUUUGGAAACCAAAAAGAUUGAAGAUACUGUAGAAAAAGAUAAAUGGAAUGGAAUUGAUAAAUUAAAAAACAAUAUUGAAGUUCACAAUGGAAAGAAGUACGAAUUAGAUGAUAUCAAAGAUGAAAAGAUUAGUGCAAAGGAAGACGAGAAAUAUGAUGACUCAAGAGUGAAGGAAACAAGUACUGCAAUUAAAACUCCACAAGGUGAGGAACUUAAAACAGAAAAUUUGAAAAACAAAGGACUUGAAAUCAAUACUCCAAAAAUUGAAGUGAAUGAUGUUAAGAAAGAUGAUAACAAACUUCUAAUUGAUAAACCAAGAUGGACAGAUAUUAACGCGGACAAUUUGAAAACCACAAAGAUUGAAGAUACUACAGUAAAAGAUAAUUGGAAAGGAAUUGAUGAUUUGAAGAAUGUUGAAAUCGACAAUGGAAAGAAAUAUAAAUUAAAUGAUAUAAAAAAAGAAAAACUUAAUGCAAAAAAAGAAGAUAAAGAGAAAUAUGAUAACACAAAAGUUAAAGAUAUAGGAAUUGAAAAUAAAAUUCCACAAGAUGAGAAAUUUAAAACAGAAACUUUGAAAAACAAAGGACUUGAAAUCAAUAUUCCAAAAACUGAAGUGAAAGAUGUUAAGAAAGAUGAUAACAAACUUCUAAUAGAUAAACCACAAUGGACAGAUAUUAACGCUGAUAAUUUGAAAACAGCCAAGAUUGAAGAUACUGUAGAAAAAGAUAAGUGGAAGGGAAUUGAUGAAUUAAAAAAGAAUGUUGAAGUCGACAAUGGAAAGAAGUACGAAUUAGAUAAUACAAAAGCUGAAAAGAUUAGUGCAAAAGAAGAAGAGAAAUAUGAUAACUCCAAAGUGAAAGAAACAAGUACUGCAAUUAAAACUCCACAAGAUGAGGAACUUAAAACAGAAACAUUGAAAAACAAAGGACUUGAAAUCAAUACUCCAAAAAUUGAAGUGAAAGAUAAUAAUAAAUUUCUAUUAGAAAAACCAAAAUGGGCAGAUAUUAGCCUAGACAAUUUAAAAACCACAAAGAUUGAAGAUUCUAUAGAAAAAGAUCAAUGGAAGGAAAUUGAUGAAUUAAAAAAAAAUACUAUAGUCGAUAAUGGAAAAAAAUUCGAAUUAGAUAAUACAAAAAAUAAAAAGAUUAGUGCAAAGGAAGACGAGAAAUAUGAUAACUCAAAAGUGAAAGAAACAAGUACAGAAAUUAAAAAUCCACAGGAUGAGAAACUUAAUAUAGAGAAUUUGAAAAACAAAGGACUUGAAAUCAAUAUUCCAAAAAUUGAAGUGGAAGAUGUUAAGAAAGAUGAUAAUAAACUUCUAAUAGAUAAACCACAAUGGACAGAUAUUAACGCUGACAAUUUGAAAACCGCCAAGAUUGAAGAUACUGUAGAAAAAGAUAAAUGGAAGGGAAUUGAUGAAUUAAAAAAGAAUGUUGAAGUGGACAAUGCGAAAGAGUUAGGUGUUACAGAAGAUGAAAAAAUUAAUAAAGAGGAAGAAAAGAAAUAUGAUAACUCAAAAGUGAAAGAAACGAGUAUUGAAAUUAAAACUCCACAAGAUGAGAAACUUAAAACAGAAACAUUGAAAAACAAAGGACUUGAAAUCAAUACUCCAAAAAUUGAAGUGAAUGAUGUUAAGAAAGAUGAUAACACACUUCUAUUAGACAAACCAAAAUGGGCAGAUAUUAACGCGGACAAUUUGAAAACUGCCAAGAUUGAAGAUACUGUAGAAAAAGAUAAAUGGAAGGGAAUCGACGAAUUAAAAAAGAAUGUUGAAGUGGACAAUGCGAAAGAAUCAGGUGUUACAGAAGAUGAAAAAAUUAAUAAAGAGGAAGAAGAGAAAUAUGAUAACUCAAAAGUGAAAGAAACGAGUAUUGAAAUUAAAACUCCACAAGAUGAGAAACUUAAAACAGAAACAUUGAAAAACAAAGGACUUGAAAUCAAUACUCCAAAAAUUGAAGUGAAUGAUGUUAAGGAAGAUGAUAACAAACUUCUAAUAGAUAAACCACAAUGGACAGAUAUUAAUGCUGACAAUUUGCAAACCACAAAAAUUGGAGAUACUAUAAAAAAAGAUAAGUGGAAGGGAAUUGAUGAAUUAAAAAAGAAUGUUGAAGUCGACAAUGGAAAGAAGUACGAAUUAGAUGAUAGAAAAGAAGAAAAGAUUAAUGCAAAGGUAGAAGAAAAAUAUGAUAACUUAAGAGUGAAAGAAACAGGUACGGCAAUUAAAACUCCACAAGAUGAGGAACUUAAAACAGAAACAUUGGAAAACAAAGGACUUGAAAUCGAUAUUCCAAAAAUUGAAGUGAAAGAUGUUAAGAAAGAUGACAGCAAACUUCUAGUAGAUAAAGCAAAAUGGACAAAUAUUAACGCCGGCAAUUUGAAAACCGCCAAGAUUGAAGAUAUAGAAAAAGAUAUAGAAAAAGAUAAGUGGAAGGGAAUUGAUGAAUUAGAAAAGAAUACUGUAGACGAAAAUGAAAAGAAGUACGAAUUAGAUGAUACUAGAGAUGAAAAGAUUAAUGCAAAGGAAGAACAGAAAUAUGAUGACUCAAGAGUAAAAGAAACAAGUACUGCAAUUAAAACUCCACAAGAUGAGGAACAUAAAACAGAAACAUUGGAAAACAAAAGACUUGAAAUCAAUAUUCCAAAAACUGAAGUGAAAGAUGUUAAGAAAGAGGAUAGCAAACUUCUAGUAGAUAAACCGAAAUGGACAGAUAUUAACGCUGAUAAUUUGAAAACCGCCAAAAUUGAAGAUUCUGUAGAAAAAGAUAAAUGGAAGGGAAUUGAUGAUUUGAAAAAGAAUGUUGAAGUCGACAAUGGAAAGAAGUACGAAUUAGAUGAUACAAAAGAUAAAAAGAUUAAUGCAAAGGAAGAAGAGAAAUAUGAUGACUCAAGACUGAAAGAAACAAGUACUGCAAUUAAAAUUCCACAAGAUGAGGAACUUAAAACAGAAACAUUGGAAAACAAAGGACUUGAAAUCAAUAUUCCAAAAACUGAAGUGAAAGAUAUUAAGAAGGAUGAUAACAAACUUCUAGUAGAUAAACCAAAAUGGACAGAUAUUAACGCGGACAAUUUGAAAACCGCCAAGAUUGAAGAUACUGUAGAAAAAGAUGGAAGAAAAUGGAAGAGAAUUGAUAAAUUAAAAGAGAAUGUUGAAGUCGACAAUGGAAAGAAGUACGAAUUAGAUGAUACCAAAGAUGAAAAGAUUAGUGCAAAGGAAGAUGAGAAAUAUGAUAACUCAAUAGUGAAAGAAACAAGUACAGGAAUUAAAACUCCACAGGAUGAGAAACUUAAUAUAGAAAAUUUGAAAGACAAAGGACUCGAAAUCAAUAUUCCAAAAACUGAAGUGGAAGAUGUUAAGAAAGAUGAUAAUAAACUUCUAAUAGAUAAACCACAAUGGACAGAUAUUAACGCUGAUAAUUUGAAAACCGCCAAGAUUGAAGAUACUAUAGAAAAAGAUAAGUGGAAGGGAAUUGAUGAAUUAAAAAAGAAUGUUGAAGUCGACAAUGGAAAGAAGUACGAAUUAGAUGAUAGAAAAGAAGAAAAGAUUAAUGCAAAGGAAGAAGAGAAAUAUGAUGACUCAAGAAUGAAAGAAACAAAUACUGCAAUUAAAACUCCACAAGAUGAGGAACUUAAAACAGAAACAUUGGAAAACAAAGGACUUGAAAUCAAUAUUCCAAAAACUGAAGUGACAGAUGUUAAGAAAGAUAAUAGCAAAGGACUCGAAAUCAAUAUUCCAAAAACUGAAGUGGAAGAUGUUAAGAAAGAUGAUAAUAAACUUCUAGUAGAUAAACCGAAAUGGACAAAUAUUAACGCCGACAAUUUGAAAACCGCUAAGAUUGAAGAUACUAUAGAAAAAGAUAAAUGGAAGGGAAUUGAUGAAUUAGACAAGGAUACUGUAGCCAAAAAUGGAAAGAAGUACGAAUUAGAUGAUAUUAAAAAUGAAAUAAUUAGUCCAAAAGAAGAAGAUAAAGAGAAAUAUGAUAACACAAAAGUUAAAGAAACAAGUAUUGAAAUUAAAACUCCACAAGAUGAGAAAUUGAAAACAGAAACUUUGAAAGACAAAGGAUUCGAAAUCAAUAUUCCAAAAAUUGAAGUGGAAGAUGUUAAGAAAGAUGAUAAUAAACUUCUAAUAGAUAAACCACAAUGGACAGAUAUUAACGCUGAUAAUUUGAAAACCGCCAAGAUUGAAGAUACUCUAGAAAAUGAUAAAUGGAAGAAAAAUGAUGAAUUAAAAAAGAAUGUUGAAGUUGACAAUGGAAAGGAACACGAAUUAAACGAUAUAAAAAAUGAAAAGGGAGAAAAUAAAGAGAAAUUUGAUAAUUCAAAAGUGAAAGAAACAAGUAUUGCAAUUAAAACUCCACAAGAUCAGAAAUUUGGAACAGAAAAUUUGAAAAACAAAAAACUUGAUAUUGUUCAUUCAAGAAUUGAUAAAUUUGGUGAUAUUAAUGUGGAUAAUAUCAAAUUUCAAAAAGGAAAAUGGACUGAUUAUAAUGUAGAUAACUUGAAUUGGAAAGAAAGUAAUUCUUUAGAGAAAUAUGAAUGGAAGGAAUUGAUAAAUCGAAUUGAUGAAUUGAUAAGAGAUAUUGAAGUCUAUAAUGCAAAAAAAUACAAUUUAAAUAAUAUAAAUGAUAAAAAGAUUGGUACACUGAAUAGAAGCAAAGAGAAAUAUGACAUUUCAAAUAUAAAAGAUACAAGUAUUGAAACUAAAAUUCCAAAGGAACAGAAAAUUCCUAUAAAACGUUUGGAAGAGGAUAAAUACAAAAUCAUUAAUCCAGAAAUUGUUAAACUCGGGGAUAUUAAGAUAGACGAUAACAAAUUUCAAGUAGGAAAAUGGACGGAUUAUAAUAUAGAUAAUUUGAAACUCAAAGAAAAUAAUAAUAAAGAAAUUUUAGAAGAAAAUAAAUGGAAGAGAUUUAAUGAUUUAAGAAAAAAGAAUACUGAAAUCGAGAAUAAGAAGAAAAACAAAUCAAAUGAUAUAAGAGAUGAGAAGAUUAGUACAACAAAUAAAGAUAUAGAGAGAUAUGAUAGUAAAAACUCGAAAGUAAAAGAAACAGAUGUUGAAGCUAAAACUCCACAUGAAAAGAAACUUGAUAGAGAAGAAUAUGUGAAAGAAAAUAAAUUAAAAGCUGACGAUGUAUUCAGACCUAAAUUAAAAAAUGUAGUGGAAAAAGAGUCUAAAAUGAAAGAUAAUAAUGGAAAAGAAUAUAUAUCAAAUACCGAUAACGAAAAAUUGGAAGAUGAAAAUACUUCAGAAAAGGAAUUUCAAUUACAGAAGCUGAAUAAAGGAAAUAAAUUGAAGUCAAAGGAUUUGAAGGAGGAAAAAAAUGAUCGGAAAAUUUCAGUGGAGGAAGAUUUGGAGACUAAGAAGUCAAAAAUAGAGGACACAAAGAAAGACAAAUUUAGUUUGCAGAAUAAGAUUGGUAAAGUAAUUCAGGAGAAUGACAAAUUUAAAGCAGAGGAUUUGAAAGUAAAGGAAAUUGGAUUAAAAAAUUCAAGAGAAGAAUAUAUUCUGAAAGAUAAAGAAUCUGGGUCAGUGAAUUUGAAAAAUGGUAAAAAUCAACUGUUAGUUAUUGAAAAAUUCAAGCCACAUCUUGAUAAUAAUGUGUUAUGGACUUCCAAGAAAAAUGAUAAAAAUUCUGUGCAAUCUGUUGUGAAUGAUUCAAAGAAAAAAGAUAUAAUUUCAUACAACGAUAAAAUAUCGUUAAAAGAAAGAAACGAGUCGAGUGAGAAGGAUAAAAAAAUCGAUGAUGAAUACGAGAAAGGAACAAAAAAAUAUGGAAUUAAUGAAAAUUUUGACUCAAGUGUUAAUAUUAGAAACGAUAAAAACUUAAAAAAGGAUUUCUGGAACAAAGAUACUGCAUAUAAGAAAGAAGAUUUAUACGUAACUCGUGAUAAUGCGCUUGAAAAUUCAAAUAAGAGAAACAAAUCAGGAAAACAGGAUUAUGAAGUGAUAUCUUACAAGAAGCCUUUGAACGAAAAUGAAGAACAUGAAAUAUUUGAAAAUAAAAGUAGAAAUAAUAAUGAGAAGCUUAUUUCGAACGAAGAAGAAGUAAUAUACAAAGAUGGAAAUGCUGAUAAAAUAUCUCAAUAUGAAAACAAGUUAAAAGAAGAUCUCAAGAUCGAGGAAAACGAUGAAAAUAGAAUAAAGCAAACAGGGCCAUCAUUUGUUAAAGAAGAAAUAAACGAGACAGGUAAUAUCCGUAAAAAGGGGAAUGAAAAAUUUGAUAAAGAAAUCCUUAAAAGUUCAGAAGUGGAAAAUGAUUCGUUGAAAAACGAUGAUAAAAAAGAUCUAAAAUUGGAACGAACAUUCGACAAAAAUACAUUGACGACGGAAGAAAAUAACGUAUUAAUAAGGGGAGAGGAAUUGCAAACAGUUCCUAUAUUAUCAGAGAAAACAAAAAUUGCAAAAAAAGAGGAAACAUUUGGAAACGCUGAAACGAAUAAAAAAGAUAGUGUAUUAUCAGAGAAAACAAAAUUGGAAGAUAAGAAAUCACUUAACGAGUUCGAAAUUCAUGAAGAUAAAAAUAAAGAGUUGGAAAAUAAUGACAUAGACGUUGCACGUGCAACAGAAUUUAAUAAAUUAUCGAAAUAUAAGAAUAAUGAUACGAUAAAAACGGCAAACAUUGAAAGCAAUCGAGUUUCCAAUGAUAUCGUUGUUAAUUCAAGACAAACAGAUUCCGCGGAUGAAAUUAAUAAGAAAUUGGGGAAGAAUGGAAAGGAAUCGAGUACAAUUCAAUUUGAAAAUUUAAAUCGAACAAUGGACUCGUUAGAUAUUACGAUCGCAGGAGAAGGAAAUCUUAGGAAUUCCAAAGGAAACGAGGAAUUGUCUACAGCAGCACACGUAGCGAAACUAGAUGAAAACAAAGCGCUUCGCUCAAGCGAGGAUGACACGUCUGAAGUGGAAACCAGCACGGGCAUCAAGAGUAAUUCUGACACGAGUGCAAUUGUAAAUAGAACUGCUGAUAAAGGCCAAAUCGAAAUUCGUGGCUCAAGUGUGAAUUUGAGCGAGUUAAGUGAUAUAGAUGUUCAUCCACCUGAGCACUCUGAUACGCUUGGCAAGAAAGAUAAUCCUUCUCUUGUAUCUCGUACAGUAUCUGUGGACGACAAUGAAAUUGGUGGAAAUAAGAUUCCAAGAUAUGAAGGAUCAUCGAAUGUAGAUACUCGAAAAGGAUCUGAGGAAAGUAAGAAAGAAACAGAAAGUACGAAAAAAGAAUCGGAAAAUGUGUUGCUUUUAAAUGAUUCUAAGAAAAAUGGAGAAGAAUCUAAGAAGGAAAAGAAAAUUGGGAUUCAAUCAGUGAAAGAAUCUUCUUUAAAGGCGCAAGAAACUGCGAGCAAUUUAAGCAAAGAAAGUGAUUUUGAUAACAAAUUUGAUGCUAAACCUACGGAUUCCAUCAUAGAUAUUCAAACUGAUACGAAAGAUGUUAAAAAAGCAGAUGACAAGCUUUAUACGUCGCGAGAAGAAGAAGCAAAUGCGGAAAAUACAAGAGAAAAGUAUCAUACGAAACCGAGAAUACUCGAAUCAUCGGAAUUAAAUUCAAAUAUUUUACCUAAAAUAUUAAUUGGAAACAGAAGGAAGGAGCCAGAUCUGGUGGAGAAACUUAAAACAACGUCAAAUGAUGAUGUAAACUUGAAACAAACAACCGUUUCAUCCUCUACUCGGGGAUCCAAGUUCCCUGAUAAUAAUGGUGCCUCGAGGGAACGUAAUAUAUCAUCAAAUGCAAUUAAUCAAGCAGCCGAAGAAGAAUUGGAGAAAAAGAAAAUAACGUGGCGCAACGCGGCUGUAGAUCAUCCGUCCGAAGAAAAUGAUUCUAAAAUGAUUAAUUUGUCAUUUACCAACAUAGAUAAAAAUGAAAUGAGGGAAGCGAAGAAGGGAGGAACGAGUUCCGUGAUAACCGAUGAAAAAUCGAGAACUGAUGAUACGAGAACAACAUUUUCGAACGUCGUUGACUUAAUAGAGAAAAAUUCCAAAGAGCUAGAGAAUUAUAACAACGAUCGAUCGAUUAAUAAGAUUGACAAGUAUGGAACAAACGAUUCGAGAGAUCGGUUCGAAGAAAUCGGUUCAAAGAUCGAUUCAUCCUCUUUAAGGGAUCUUAAGCAGGAGCGAGUUACGAGGAAGGAUAAAUUAAACGACUCGAAAAACGUGGAAAAAAUCGAAGAAGAAGGUGUUCGGAACGAAAGUGAAUCGAUUACGGGGGAUUUGAAUAAGAAGGAGGUGUUCAAAGAGGGAUCUGACGGAGGGAUCCAGGUGACUGAGAGUAAUGAUGUCACUGGAGAAAGUGAAGAUUCAUCAUCCGCGCCGAAGGAUGAAGUUUCAUUGUCCGAUCUAAGCGUGGAAAGUUUCGGGAAGAAUGAUAAAUUGGAAAAGAAACAGAGGGGAACGUUGGAUCUUUCGAUCAAGGACGAGGGAAAAUCGGAAGAUGAAGAUGAAAUUAUCGGAAGUAGCGGCAUGAGGGGGAGUAACAAGUACAAGACGCCAUCUACAACGCGGCAAUUAAUCGAAGAUAAUGAACUCGAGCAGUUCCUCCCAACGAGUAUUCAAACUGCUUUGAAUACCAAAACAACCAGCCAAGUUUAUCCUUCAGACGUGGAUGAAAAUCCAAUUACAUCUCGUUUACCUGAAGAUAUAACGGCAUAUGCUUUUAAUUGGGCCGAUAACGAACGAUAUAAAGAGUUACCGAAUAAGGUAGUUGCUCCGAUACCCGAGAAAAUACGAGACAAUACUCAAAUUUAUGACAGCAGUGCAUCGCGUUCACCCAAAUUAGAAACUGGGAAUAAAUUGUCUAAAUUGGGAAAACAGACGGAUGAGAAGAUUGAAAACGCAAAGGAAAAUGAUGAGAAGGGAGAAAAAAUCGAUGCGAGUAAUGUGACGAAGUUGAAAAAUGUGGAAGAAGAAAAAGUGAAGUCUAAGAAUAUUCUUAACGAAUAUAACGAUAAGAAUAAUAAAAACGUUAAUGAAAUUGGAUCACUUAAAGAAAGCAAGAUUAGUGAUAUAGAAAAUAAUAAACGAGAGGAAAAGAAAUCUUUGAAUGAAAAUGAUAAAUUGAAAGUUCAAGAGAAAAAUGAGAAUAUAGAGAUAAAUAAUAAAGAUUUAACUAAUAAUUACGAUGAAAAUCUUAAAUCUAAAAUAUUGACAGAUGUAAAUGUUGCAGAAGAUCGGGAUAAUCUGUUGAAAAAUGACAAAUUAAUCGGACAUAAAGAUAUACCUGAGAAGGAAGAGAAAAAUUCUGUAUUGAAAUUUUUAUUAAAUGAAGAAAAAAUAAAAGGAUCGGAGGAUAAGGUUAAAAAAUUACUUAUUGAUGAUAAUAAUAAUAAUGAUAAAAGAGAUGAGUCUAUAGGAACACGAAUAAAAAUUAUACCUGAAAAAUUAAACAAAAAGCAAAAUAAAGAGACGUUCAAGACAAAAUUAAAUGGAGAAUCAAAAAAUUAUGAGGAUAAAUUACUUUCUGCUAAAUAUAGAAUAGCAAAACCCAAUGAGAAUUUAGAUGAAAUAUUGGAUGAUGAAAGAGAAACGCAAAUACAGAAAACUUUAACUGAAUCUGAAAUAGCGAUAACCGAGUUACCUCUAUUAAAACAGAAUAAGGAAGAGAAUAUAAUAGAAGAGAAAGAGAAAACAAAUUUUAAAGUGGAAGAGGAACGUACGCCAAAUGAAAAUCAGCCUUAUAAAACAAUAUAUAACACAGAUAACGAAACAAUUGAAAAUCAAAAAGGGUAUAAUAUUGUUUCAAACCAGUUAAAUUCAACAGUGAGAGAUUUGAAUUUGAAGAAUAAAAAUGAGAUAUUAAAAGAACAUGAAAUUCAAGAUAAAUUCAAUUCAAAUAUUGCUCGUAAUAUAUUAAUCAAACCUUAUCAUAUAUCUACUGUUGAUAAAAAUGAUUUUACAAAUUCAGCACUGAGUGAUUCAAAUAAAAAGAUCUAUGAAUCAAAAAUAGAAGAUCAAUUGAUCAAUGAUCAAAUGAAUUUAAAGAAAACUGCUGAUUCAGACUCAUCAAUUAAAUCUACUCACAUAUCUGAUGCAAUUAAAAAUGGAUUAAUUCUAGAUAACUCUAAAAAUACCAUACAUGAAUCAAAUAUAAAGAAAGCAUUAAAUUUUAACGUAAAAGACGAUGCUUCCAAUGUUUUAAUUAAAUCUACAGAUGUACCCAACGUCGCUAAAAAUAAAUUACAUGAUGAAUACAAGAAUUCAAUUUUAAGCGAUUCAAAGAAAAUUAUACAUGGAUCAAAAGCGGAGAAUGAAUCAAAAUUUAACAUAAAAGACAAUAAUAUAUUUAAAUUGGAUAGUACAUCUGCCGCAAUUAAUAAUAAUUUAAAUAUUAAAAAUGAAAAUUCAGUCUUAAAUCAUCCAAAACAAGUGAAUUACGAGUCAAACGUAAAGGAUCAAUCAAAAUUUGAUUUGAAAAAAGACAUUAAAUCUGAUACAUCAGUUAAGUCUGCUUCAAUUAAUGAUUUAAAUACUGGAUACAACGAUUCAAAGGACUCAAAGAUACUUAUUUUGAAAUCGAAAAUACCGAAGCUUGAGUCGAAGCUUGAUUUGAAAAAAAAUAUUGGCUCUGAUACAUCGGUUAAGCCUAUUCCUAAACUUCUUGAUCAACACUGGACCAACAUACUGUUUGAUCAACCAUCACCAACGAAUAAGAUUGCUAUAAAUAAUCCCUCGAAAAUUCCUUCCAUUCCAAGCCUAGGAAACGCACAUUUCUCUUUGGACGAGAAAGAAAGAAAUCUUAAGUCGAGCGGGCUUUUAUCCCAUAUUUCUCAAAAGACGCCAUCCAACGAAAUAAGCGUAGAAAUUCCAAACGUUAAAUUCGUAAAGAAACUGCAGCCUAGUUUCUGGAAGUUAGCAAAACCGCAGACGGAAAUCGUGAAUAAGAACGAGCAGCCCAUCCUUGUAUCUUUGAGCGAGUUUAAAUCGCAUCCCGAUGAAAAAGAUUCUGACAGAUCAAUGAAAUUCUCAUCUUAUACACCGCCGAGCAAAGUUUCGGGGGUCGAAAGUAAGAAUGACGAUUUAUACACCGUUCUCAAAUCUCUUUCCCUGUUUACACAUUUUCAAGAUGAUUCAAAGGAUAAAAAAGUUCCAACCACGUACGACGACCGCGUAUCGACCAGCGAAGAUGCGCCAAAAGUUGGCAGCGUUGAAAGGACGAACGAUAAAUCUUCGAGUAUAUCUCAAGAAUCAGAUCGAGAAAAGCUGGAUGUUUAUAUAGUGAAGCAAGCUUCUGAAGGGCCAGUAAAAAUCGCGCAUAUAGAGAACACGAAACCUCUUGUUGUGACCAAUGAAGAGAUUUCAAGAAGUUCGUACGAAAAGGUGGUCGAUAUAUUGGAAAAGAAUGGAAUUAAAACCGAUAUAUCAACAGCUAAAAUUAACGCCAUUUGUCACGAGUAACAAGAGUAAAUAAGGCCAGAAGAAGAGGAAUAGAAACGAAUUGAAACGAUUACAGGGCAGGAAAUGCAAGGCAAUGAUAGCCAGUUGUCGUAUUUCAAGGGUGUGUUAGGCGCGAAUCAAUUUUGGAUCAGCAAUUUCGUGAUCACAGGUUGUGUGUGCGUUCCAAUUGAUUCAACGGGAUAAACGGGUAAAUUAUUGUCCGAUAUUUGCAUAUCGUUCUAUAAUCAUCGUAAAUUUAUAGCCACAUUGAUCUCAUAGAAGACACAAAUGUUUUCUCUAUUAAAAAAAAAAAAAUUGAUUUAUUUUAAAUUCAACCAAUUUUCAUCUCAAACAUAUUUACGA